GAGCGAUUAUGAUUUCCGGCUUGUUUACUACGACGAUGAAUUGAUACCUGAAUUGGGGUAGUUUCACGUAAUUCGUGGUUUCGUCAAUACAUGGAAUUAGUUUUCUGAAAAGAACCAACAAUCAUAUGUAUAAAGAAUAGCUUGUCCGUCACACAGUUUGGACUGUUCACUAUCAAUACAAUGACAACGUGCCCUACAUUUACCACUGUGACCACGGACACCCAGUUUAUCACCGUUGACAACGUCGCACAGCUGAUUCCCUCCACGGAUGCGCGCACAGUCGGCACGACAGUCACGGUCACGUGCUCCAGCGGUCUUGUGUUAAAGGGACCCAGCACCUUUCAAUGCCUGAACGGCGGCAAAUGGUCGUAUGAGACAAAACCUGAAUGCGUCGUGGCCGGCGCUACGACUCCGGCCCCGCCUGCCGACAACACCAGUAAGAUAGUAAUCGGCGUGGUGGCAGGCCUGGGCGGUGUUAUCACCCUCGCUCUCAUCAUCAUGAUCAUCUUUAUCUACCGAAAGGAUCGCCAGAGGCGGGCAGAAAAGAGAGAUCUUCUCGUCAAUUUCGACAAAACUCCGCGACGUGAUUACAGCCCUUCCGGACCUUCCACAAUUGAAAUGAGCGAGAGUCAUCCUUACAGAGACGACUAUAAGAGGGGCGACCCAAACAGGGCGGGUAAGCAGUUUGGUCGGCCCGUCUACUUACCGCCCUUAUCUCGGGGCGAGGGGGCGCGAUACCCGGACGACUACCCCCCGUCCUACUCUCAGGGCGCCGGAGCGCGACACCAGGACGACUACCACCGAGCCGACUACCCCCCGGUCGACUACAACAGGCGGCCAGUUGACUGGAGAAAGGCCGUCCUCGAAGAUCGUGACUUGCCGCGCAGACAGGACGGUUAUACAGGUCGUUGGAUAUCAAGGCAUUCUAACAGAGACCCCGAGGAGCAUUUAGAUAGAGCGCAUAUACAUGGUGGAUAUAACCCCCAAGAGAUCCUUUCCUAUGGAGAAAUGCGCCCCAAUAUUGAGACAUGUGGCUCAGGACAGCGAUGAGCCUGCGUGGACAUCAGAAACAUGUUUUAUGAAGUACGAUGGGGAAGAAAAUCGUCGACGUUUCCAAUAUCUACAAACACAUUUAUGGAACGGUCAUGCAGCAAAUAACAUAUUUAUUCAUUGUAAAUUAAAGGGGCCUUUUCAUAGAUGUUGGCAUGUAUUUAAGUUUGUAAUUAAAUGCUUUUUAAUGAUAAAUAUAAACAUUGGAUAAAAAAGCUCCAGUUAAAAAGAACUAGAAUACAAUAAAAUAAAGAAAAAAAGUAACCCUCAGCUGGGCUCGAAUCACUGACCCCUGGAGCCCAGGAGUAAAUGUCUAUUGCUCAGACCACUCGACCAUCCGUGUUCAUGCAAUAAGAAACGUAUUUUAUACUUAAUAUAAGCAAUCCUCGUAGUAUCAAAAAUUAUAACAACAACAACAGCAGAACUCUCCAAAUUAGCCAAUCGUUUCGCGUUGCAACGCUUAAUAAUAUUUUCAAGUUUUUAAAACGUCAAAAGACGCAUAUAAUAGAUAUUUUUGAGCAUGGUUGAUGUUCAGAAUUACUGUUUCCACACAAAUAUCAUAACUACAACGAAACUUUGCGAAUCUGAAACAUUUUUUUUUAAUUUGUCAAUUUACCAAAACGUGAAAAGGCCCCUUUAAUGUUAACAAACUAUAGCAUAAUCAUCAACUUAUCUUUCGUUUACAAUAUAUUGUGUUGGCUUUUGUCAAUUUUGACGUUUAAUUCUUAAUUCAUGUAAUAUUUACAGAGUUUGUUUUUGUAAUAAAUAUGUACACUCGUU